AUGGAGUGUAUCAUGACUUUGUUGUCUAUGUGCCGCAGAUCAUUAACAUUUACUUCUUCUUCAUCUUCUGCCACUGCUGCUGAUGCUGACGCUGAGGCGAGGACACCCGACUUGGAAUUACCAGCCAUCUUCACUGAAGCCUUACUUCGGAAGAAAAUCGAAACCUACAUAGACUACUGGCUUGUGAGGGGAGAAGAAAUUGGACCUUCCCUGCGAAAAGCGAUCGAGAAAUCUAAGAUUUCGGUGAUCAUAUUCUCACAAAACUAUGCUUCUUCCACAUGGUGUCUGGAUGAACUUGUACAUAUACUAAGAUGCAAGGAAGCAUAUGGCCAGCUGGUUAUACCCGUCUUCUAUGACAUCAGUCCAUCAGAUGUACAAAAACAAGAGGGAAGCUAUGCAGUUGCAUUUGCUCAACUUGAAAAACGUUUCAAGAACAGUAUCGACAAGGUGCACAAGUGGAGGGCUGCUUUGACAACUAUAGCCAAUCUAUCUGGGUUUGAUAAUUCAAACAAAACUGGGUAA